AUGGCCGAAGGAGGGCCGCGCAGAGGUGGCGGGUCGGACCGCGCCAGGACUCCUCCGCAGAUUCUGGCUGGCUCCGGUUACUGCAAGUGGUUUAAUGUCCGCAUGGGGUUUGGAUUUAUAUCGAUGACCAGCAGCGAGGGGAAGCCAGUGGACCCUCCGCUGGACGUGUUCGUUCACCAAAGUAAGCUGGUGAUGGAGGGUUUCAGGAGCUUACGGGAGGGUGAGCAGGUGGAAUUCACCUUCAAGAGGUCGAGUAAAGGUCUGGAGUCGCUCAGGGUCACGGGGCCCGGCGGGGGCCCCUGCUCUGGCAGUGACCGACGCCCCAAAGGGAAGGCCCCGCCCCUCAAACGUAAACCAAAGGGAGACCGGUGUUAUAACUGUGGAGGUCUGGACCACCAUGCUAAAGAGUGUGGCCUUCCGCCCCAGCCAAAGAAGUGUCACUACUGUCAGAGUGUCACACAUAUGGUGGCCCAUUGUCCCCACAAGAGGGCACUGUCCCCCUCCACCUCUCAGGACCCCCAGCACCCCACCACCUCAGCUCAGUCCCAGGAAGAGGAGAAUCGCUCAGGCUCAUCGCCUCGAGAGCGCCUCUCGUCCUCUCCAGAGGAAGCAUCUCAAUGUGGAAGUCACUCCCAGCGCUGGAGAAAAAGCCGGGACUGA